AUGACAACCACAACCACAGCUCCGACCUCAACAACUGUAGCUGCUUCCACAACCACUACUGCAUUCCCUACUACAACCACAACGGAAGCUUCAUCCACAACCACUACUGCAGCCCUUACUACAACCACAACGGAAGCUUCUUCUACAACAACUAUAGCACCUACGACAGCCACAACAACAUCCCCUUCGACAACUGCAGCUCCUACAACAACAACUGUAGCUCCUACAACUCCAAUCAAAACUACAGCUUCUACUACGACAAUAAUUGCAGAACCUGCGACCACCACAACUGAUCUAGCUACUACGACAACCACAACAGCAGCUCCUACAACAACAACCGAAACACCUACGACAACCACAACAACAACAACCACAACAACAUCCCCUUCGACAACUGCAGCUCCGACAACAACAACUGUAUGUCCUACAACGCCUAUCACAACUGUAGAUACAACUACCAUUUUAACUCCUAUGACAACCACAACCACAGCUCCGACCUCAACAACUGUAGCUGCUUCCACAACCACUACUGCAUUCCCCACUACAACCACAACGGAAGCUUCUUCUACAACAACUAUAGCACCUACGACAACCACAACAACAUCCCCUUCGACAACUGCAGCUCCUACAACAACAACUGUAGCUCCUACAACUCCAAUCAAAACUAUAGCUUCUACUACGACAAUAAAUGCAGAACCUGCGACCACCACAACUGAUCUAGCUACUACGACAACCACAACAGCAGCUCCUACAACAACAACCGAAACACCUACGACAACCACAACAACGACAACCACUACAGAUUCUACGACAUCUACAACAAGCCCAACACUCCGACAACAACAACUCUCCGACCUCAACAACUGUAGCUGCUUCCACAACCACUACUGCAUUCCCUACUACAACCACAACGGAAGCUUCAUCCACAACCACUACUGCAGCCCUUACUACAACCACAACGGAAGCUUCUUCUACAACAACUAUAGCACCUACGACAGCCACAACAACAUCCCCUUCGACAAUUGCAGCUCCUACAACAACAACUGUAGCUCCUACAACUCCAAUCAAAACUACAGCUUCUACUACGACAAUAAUUGCAGAACCUGCGACCACCACAACUGA